GCUUGAGUUGGUUUAGUUGAAGUGUGUUCGUCGUAAAGUUCAGUCGCAUUUUGGUUCUUGUUCGCAGUAUUUUUGAAUUUGUGUGCUCUCUGCAUGUGAAAGAGCAAGAGAGCAAUUGCUUGAUAUUUGUACAACAUUUUCUUGGUUAGCGCGAGAGAGAGAGAGAGUGCGAGAGCACGCGCAUACAUUCGAACAAUUAAUAGUAGUAAAAGAAGCCACUGAGCUGCCUUCGUUGAUGUGCGCCAAUAUGAAAAUCUCAAUGUUAGCAAACCCCAUGCAGUGCUGUCGUAGUGUAUGGCCGGGGGAGUGUCGUCUGCAUAAAAAUUGAAGUGAAUUACAAUUUGAGUAAUAAAGAAAGAUAUGAGAAAUGCAUUAGCAUUAAACCUCGUCAAAUAAAAUCGUAUAAGCGUCUAUAAAAAAGCAAAUCAAGUGUCUCGUCGUGUAGUGAAUUACUAAAAUCGCGAAACGUUUGAACUCUGUCGAAAUUUUGUGACAUUUUUUUGGAGCUUAUAUUGCAUUGCCAUCGUGUAUUGUUUUUUUUUUGUGUGUUUGUACGCGUAAGUGUGGCAUGUUUGUAUAUUCAGCAACGGUCCCUAUACUCUCGCAUACAGGUGCUUGACCUAUUUGUAUAUUCCCACAAAAAUAUAUACAAACGCACUAAAAUAGGAAUAAAAACUCACACAAAAAUCGCAGUAAAAUUUUUUAGCUGCGUUAAUACACAGUGUCAAUUUCUGCCUUUCUGUUCGUACAUUUGAGUUACACUUCUGUUGUUUCUCUCUGUUUCCCCUAUUAUCUCUUGCUUUGUUCAAUUUGUUGCUCAUUGUGUGUGUGUAAAGUAUUUAUAAGUUGGCAAGGAAAAAGAAAUCGAACAGAACUGACUGACUAUGCUGCAUGCAAACUUUUAAGUUAUUUCAAUUCAAUUUUUCGUUGAACGAUGGAUCGUCGUGGAUUGAAGUUUAUUUCGAAAAGAACGGAUAUUGAAAGCGACGUCACACAUCCAACGCCAAACAACAUCUACUUACCUACUCAGCCCCUAAAGGACAACUCGAAUAUUAGAAUUAUCAAAGUCAAUUCUGAGUACACGCAGUCAGUGGAUAGCACAACAGCUGUAUUAAAGCAACAACAACAGCAUCAGACGGCUACCACUACUACUACAACCAAUAGCGGUGUUAAUAGCCAUUUAAGCAACAACAGCAACGUUAAUACAAACAAAAACAACGAACGCCCAUUGAAGUGUCUCGAGACGCUCGCACAAAAGGCGGGAAUAACCUUUGACGAGAAAUACGAUUUUGCCAGUCCUCCACAUCCGGAUACGCACAUCAGUAGCAAUAGCAACAACCACCACCACCACCACCACCACCACAAUUUCAACGCCACCUAUAAGCACAGUUUAGGCGGUAGUAGUGGAGUUUCGUCAUCGUCAUCAUCAUCAUCUUUGUCAUCGUCGUCGUCAUCAUCAGCAUCAUCAUCAUCGUCAUCCACAUCAUCAGCAUCAUCAUCCACAUCGUCGACGUUUGUCAGCUCAUCUACACCGACGGCAAACGCUACCCAUUCAACAACACUACACGUCGCCACACCGCAGAAAAACUUCACACUGGAGAAAUCACAGAGUCCAGCCCAACAGGUGGCGCCCUCGUCGGUGCCACUACAAAUCUCGCCCGAACAAUUACAGCAGUUGCAGCAGCUGCAACUACAACAUGGCUCACCAUUUACUGCCAUACAGGUGAAACAGGAAUUUCCCACACACACUGCCGCCACACAUCAGUUGAGCGCCGCCGGCGCGGGUGGCGAACUGAAGCAUGCCGGUCUGUUGGAUCCCACACAGGCCAAUCAGCUGCAACAAAUGCAAAUGCAAUUGGCGGACCCCUCAAAUGGCGCACCCGGCAGCCCGGCCAACCAGCAAACGCCCAGCAGUGCUGCCGCCGCCGUCGCCGCUUUGCAGCAACAUUCGACUACCAUUAGCACCAUGUCGCCCAUGCAGUUGACUAGUCAGGUGCUGGGCGAUUGGGCACAGGGACGCACGGUGCAGUUGAUGCCACAGCAAACGGCGCUUAAUUCGGGUUUCCUCUACCCGCAGCUAGUCUCCGGCAAUUUGAUACACUCGAAUUUAGGACAGCAACCGAUACAGGUUAUCGCCAGCAAACCAUUUCAGGGCGGCACGCCCCAAAUGAUUACCACCACCACGCAAAAUGCCAAGCAAAUGAUAGGCGGCAAUGCGGGCUUUCCCAACACCUACGCGAUACCGUCCAGUCAAUCACCGCAGGCACUACUCUUCACGCCCGUGCUGGCUCAAUCGCCGCAACAACAACAGAACAUAUUUAAUUCCAUGGCAGCGGCAGCAGCUAAUGCUCAACAACAGCAACAACAACAGCAGCAGCAACAACAAAACGCCAAGGCAACAAGCGACGCACAGAAAAGUCUGCAACAAAAGGUUGUGCAGAAGGUGACAACCACCACGAACACCGUGCAAUCGGCAGCGAACGCCGCUGGCGCAGUGGCUCAGCAGCAACAGCAACAAUCGACGCAGCAAUGUGUGCAGGUGUCACAAGCGACAAUGCCAACACAAAUUAUUAGCCCAUUGCAGGGCACCACUGGGACGCCGCAAAUGCAAAUUGGCCCUUGGGUGCCGUUCUGGUCGAAUGGCCUGCAGCAGUUGCAGAAUCCAAUUAUAAUACGCGGCACACAACCAGACGGCACGCAAAGCAUGUUCAUUCAGCAGCCGACGUCGCAUCAAACCAUACAGGCGCAGCAACAGAAUCCCAUCACCCUGCAGUGCAAUGUCGCACAGCCUGCAACGAAGCCACGUCAACAAAUCGAGGCGCUCGCACCGAAACAGCAGCAGACGCAUCAACAGCAAACUCAGCAGCAGCAGCAAACGGCGCAGGCCGUCGUCGCCGCUGCCGCCCAGCUACAGCAGCAAGCCGUAACGGCCAGCCAAUUGCAGCAGCAAGUAGCCCAGCGCGUACCGCAAAUACUGCCGCAAAACGGCGCGCAAAUACGUCCGGCUAGUUCGGUGUCGACGCAGACUGCGCAGAAUCAGAGUUUGCUGAAGAAGAUGCGCACCAAGCAGCAGCCAGUGCGGCCGGCACUGCCGACAAUGAAGACUGAAAAUGGCCAGCAGCAGCAGGUGAAGGCGCAAACGGUCGCCACAGCAGCUGGCAUGCAACAGCAGGGCGCGACCAUGCAUCAGGUGGUAACGCCAGCGGGCAAAAUGGUUGUGAUGAGCACCGGGCCGCCAAUAACAAUACAGAAUGGCCAGGCCAUACAGCAGACCAACGCGGCUGGGCACGUCGACAAGCAGCAGCAACAGCAGCAGCAGCAGCAAAUCCAAAUACAACAAAUGCAAAAACAACAACAGCAACAACAACAGGCAUUGCUUCAACAGCACUUGCUGCAGCAACAGUUCGCUUCGGCUAUACAAAUGCAACAGCAGCAACAACAACAGCAGCAGCAGCAGCAGCAGUUGCAACAGCAGCAGCAACAGCCGCAACAGAUACAGUUGCAGGUGACACCACAAACAUUCAUUACACAGCAACAGCAGGCGCAGCAACAACAGCAGCAGCAGCAGCUGCAAACUCAACUGCUGCAACAGCAGCUGGUGCAGCAACAACAACAGCAGCAGCAACAGCAGCGCGAGCAACAGCAGCAAACGCAAAACAUAAUACAUCAAAUUGUGGUGCAACAACAGCCACAGCAGCAACAGGCACAAGCGCAUGCACAACAGCAACAACAGCAGCAGCAGCAGCAAACACACUUACCACCGCAAAUCGCCGGCGUACCUUUCUCGGUAUCCUCUUCGACGCCGUCGAGCAUAGCCUCAUCCGCAGCCGCAGCAUUGCAGCAACACGCCGUUUAUCAGUCGAAGGCAUCGACGCUGCCGACAACUUCAGUGGUGACUAUUACCAAUCAGGCUGGGCCGCUGGUCACCAGCACUAUUGGCAUUAAUCAGGCGACGCCGCAGCAGCAGCAGCAAAGUUUGCUGGCAGCCACUCUUGCUGCCUCUCAGCAGCAGCAACAGCAGCAGGCGCAACAACAGCAGCAACAACAACAGGCGCAACAGCAAGCACAACAAGCACAUCAAGUGCAACAACAACAGCAGCAGCAGCAGCAGCAGCACCAAGCUCAGCAGCAAUCUCAAAUGGCCCCACCAGCCGCACAACCACUGCCGCAGCCCAGCAUGGUGUCCACACCCACACAAAGUCCUCUGCUCGGGCUCACCUCGAUGAUGAACGCUUCGAUGGGUGGCAGCAUACAAGCCUCCUCACCGGUUACAUCAACGGCAACAGCGGCGGCCACCAUGGCAUCGCCACUAAACAGCGGUGCUGGCGGUGGUGUUACGUCCGUGUCUUCGCUGCCGAGCACGCCCAUCAAGUCUAUGGCUAACGACCAGCAACAGCAGCAACAACAACUACAGCAACACCAACAGCUGCAACAGCAAUACAAAAGUCCUUUGUCUAUUAAUUCGCCCUCACAAAUGUCGCUGGUGGGUGGCAUUGCGUCAGAAGCGAAUCGCGCGUUGCAAGUUUCAUCGGCUACAUCGUCGGCCAACAACAAUCAACUGGCCAAUAUGAAUAAUUCUAAUGCUGCGAAUUUGGCAGCGUCGGCGGCUGAGUUGAAGGAGACAACAGUAAAGUCAACAAUGGAAGCACCUAAAGUUGCCACACCCCAACAGCCGUCCGUUGAGUCGGCUACGGCCUCAUCGUCGUCGACAUCACCAUCCACACUACAGCAGCUGCAGCAGCAACAUCAGCCGCAGUCCAACCCAACUAAUGCCACAAAUGUUAAUGCAACUGCCACUGUAACGGCAACAACGGCCAAUUCGCCGAAUGCAGAAGCUACCAAAGCUUCAAACGCAAUGGACACCACCCCGGCGCCGGCAACUCCAACUACACCCACCACAGCUACGUCAACUGCAGUGUCGCCGACGAAAAACGUGGCGAAUGUAACGUCGCUUACUCAAUCCACCACAGCAUCGCCAACUAAAGGUGCAUCUGGCAAUCGUAUACAGGACAGCAGCAAAACCCCCAACGCCGAGGCGGAAAAAGCUGCCACAGCUGCCACAGUUGCUUCCUCUACAAAUGACGAAAGCAAUGCCCCAGCUACCAAACCAACAAAUGCCGUCUCGACGAGCAUAUCCAACAGCAUGCCCAAGAACACGUCCAGCAUGGCAAGCGUCAAGGUGGAAAAGGAUCUGCCGAAGGCCAUGAUCAAGCCCAAUGUGCUGACGCACGUCAUCGAAGGUUUCAUCAUACAAGAGGCCAACGAACCGUUUCCAGUGACGCGCCAACGUUACACAGACAAAGAUGCUGACGAUGAGCCACCCCGAAAGAAAAUUGCCGUGGAUGAAGAGGCACAUAAUGCAGUCAACCACCAGAGCAACGGCCCCACUUCACUACCACCCGAUAUGAUUGCGUGCGAGCAAUGCGGCAAACCGGAGCACAAAGCGAAACUGAAGAAGAAACGUUUCUGCUCGCUAACUUGUGCCCGCCAAUCGAAGGCGGCUUCCAUGAACGAGCAGCCAGCGGAGGCACCCACACAGAGCAAUGCCAGCAACGCCACAACUACAGGCAAUCAGCAUACAGCUGGCGAUGCCUUGGUGGCGAAUAACAAAAGCGCUGCCGUCGACAACUCCAGUAUUACGAGCAACGCAAACAGCGCUGCUGCACCUGAGAAAAUGCAAACCGAACCCAUACCGUCUGCGCCAAUCACUGCCUUUAACAACAAUAAUGGCGUUUCGAAGCAUGAAAAUACGGCCGCUGUGGCUGCUACUAUGGCCGCCGAAGCGCAACAGGUUGCAAAUAGUGCGGCGAACAAUGUUGGGGGCGCAGCUGGCACUGCUGCGGCGCAGACGGGUGCCGCCGUACACAGCGAACGCCCCGCCAUGGCCGACUGGAGUGUGGCUGAAGUGUGCGAAUUUAUACGCCACCUACCUGGCUGCACCGAUUAUGUGGAUGAUUUUGAGCAGCAGGAAAUCGAUGGGCAAGCAUUGAUGCUGCUCAAGGAGAAUCAUUUGGUGAAUGCGAUGGGCAUGAAAUUGGGGCCAGCGUUGAAGAUUGUCGCCAAAGUAGAGUCGAUGAAAGAGGUGGCGCCCGUGCAGAGUGCCGAUAAGGAGGCGCCACAGUAGAAGCGACGUUUGGAAUUUGUAAAUACAGCAAAAUAAUAUUUUUGAGGCGUUAGUUUUCUUCGAUAGCACAGACAUACAUUUAAGCGGAGAUGAGGAAGUGCGGCAGCAUUGUUUGUUAAGUAGGCUUUGUACAUAAAAUAGUUGAACAAAUAAUUAAUUAAUAAUAUAAAUAUUGCGUACAUUUUGUAACUCCUACUACUCCAGAAAUUGCAACAACAACUAUACAAAGAAAUAUUUUUAUUUUAAAAUUUAGUGUACAAGAAGUAUGAGUAUACGCAGCUACAGCUGCUACGUUAAGUGAGGUUAUGUUUAAUUUUGCGCUAUUUUUAGAUAUCACAUUACAUACUAACGCAUACAUAUAUAUAUAAUACAAUAUAUAAGUAUAUGUGUCAUUCGUUCUCUUGUUAAACAUUGUUUUAUUAUUUCGCUAGUGUCGAGUUUUUACGCCACUUUUUCUUUUGUUUUGUUCACAAUUUUACUACUGAAAUUGGGCACUUCUCUCUUUUUAAGUUGUUUAUAUAAUUAAUAUAUAUGUAGUAAUUAGUGUUUAGGGCACAGGCUUAAUUUCAGUGCUGGAGUUUUGCACGCCGUGAAGGCUUUUGGGUCGUCGUACGCUCCGGUCGCUAUGGCAGGUGAAAACUCAAAAACCUACAGAUGUAAACUCAAAGAGUAUUUCUUAUUUUUAAAACUAAUCACUAAGUAAUAUUUAAAGUUAGCUCAUAAGUAUGUAAAUUUAAAUGAAUAUUCAUAUAAUAUUGCUGCUAAAGCAUAUUUGAAAUAAUUAAAUAAAUGGCAUUCACUACAAGUAA